UUUCAGGAUUUUUAUUUUCACUUCGUUCACGCGAUGUUGUCUGUAGUGUUAUUUGGUGUCCUCUUCAUGCCGAGUUGGUCACUUAACAUGUUUGUUGACAGGGAAUUCCUUCAGAGGAAGACAGACGAUAUACUGGAGCAACUGAACCAUUUUGAGACCACAAUACCUCAGCUUGUCGACCACAGAGGCAACUUCCUCAGCUACGACGUCCGACACUCCAGCGUACUACGUCACACGGCCGAGGCCCACUCCCGCGGCAAGCGCUCGGCCAAACGCCCCUCCGGCAAAAAAUCCAAAAAGUCCAAAAUAUUUCUCGACGAGCGCGGGGAGAUUGGGCGGAGUCACGUGUUCUACAAGCUGUCGGCCAACGGGCGUGAGUUCCACCUGAACCUCACCCUCAACAACCAGCUGCUCAGCAAGGACUUCGCCGUGGAGUUCCUCGGGAAGUCUUCGAGAACCAAGAGCCAGGAGCAGAUCUGGGAUUGUCACUACACGGGGGCCAGUAUAGGGCAUGAUGGGUUCGAUGCUGCAAUCAGUAACUGUAAUGGACUGCACGGCGUCUUCUCCACCGACACGGAUGACUACUUCGUGGAACCCCUCUGGAACCACACCAACGUGGUGGGGGUCGAGGGCCACCCCCACGUCGUCUACAGCCGGUCCUCGUUAAAACUGGGCGACCUCAGCAAGUUCUGUGGGGUCACAGACCACAGAAGGAAGAAAUACACCAAAUGGUACCGGAAAAGACCGGGAAACCAAAACGAUGUUCUGAAACCCAAACACCAGUCUCCAUUCUGGAAAUGGCGCCCUAAACUGAAGCAGACGCAAAAGCAGCCGACCAAUCACAGCGCAAAUAGCGACAAAGCGAAGAAGCGCGCUCGGCGCUCUGCCAGCAUAGAGAAACACGUCGAAACCUUGGUGGUAGUGGACAAGAAGAUGCUGGACUAUCACCUGAGUUCUACGUUUGAAGGCAGCCGGGCGGCCCUGACCGCCUACGUGUUGACCAUCAUGAAUAUCGUGGCCAAGCUGUUCCACAACCCGACCAUUGGCAACGCUCUAAACAUCGUCGUCACACGGAUAUUCUUUCUGGAAUCUGAGCAGGGCGACAACCUGCCUGUAAUUAACCAUCACGCGGAUAUGUCCUUAGACAACUUUUGUAAGUGGCAGUACAAUUUUACAGCAGGCGAGAACAGCUCGGAUUAUUCAUUCAAUCACGACAAUGCUGUCUUGAUUACCAGAUACGAUAUUUGCACGUACAAAAACGAUCCUUGUGGAACAUUAGGUCUGGCAGCUGUAGAGGGCAUGUGCAACAAGCUCAGGAGCUGCAGCAUCAUACAAGACAUCGGGCUGGCCUCGGCGUUUACCAUCGCCCACGAGAUCGGACACAAUAUCGGGAUGCACCAUGACGGAGACGGGAACCAAUGCGGCACGCCGGGUAAGGAACCAGCCCAGCUAAUGGCCACUAGACUCAGCAAAGAAACCUCGUCCUUUCAUUGGUCCAGCUGCUCACGGAAAUACGUCACGGACUUUCUGGACUCUGGGCAGGGCUGGUGUCUGGACAACGUGCCCCUCAAGAGAGACGUCUACCCACGUGACCUGCCGGGUGACGUCUACGACAUGAACGCCCAGUGCCGGUUCCAGUUCGGCCCCACAUCCAAGGCAUGCAAGUUCAAGUACGCAUGCCUGGAGCUGUGGUGUAUGAACGACAACAGCACUUGCGAGACACUCGGCAUGCCAGCAGCUGAGGGCACCGAAUGUUCCAUGCCCAGACACAAGAAGGGGUGGUGCUACCACGGAGAGUGCCGUAACCCAAAGUACGAGUCUGUCACUGUCCACGGGAGCUGGGGGCCCUGGGGAGGGUGGGGAGAAUGUUCCAGAACUUGCGAGGGCGGCGUCUCCACGAGCGAGAGAGAAUGUGAUAAUCCUCAGCCCAAAGAUGGCGGCCGAUACUGUAUCGGGCAGCGGAGGAGAUACCGGUCUUGCAACGUCACGCCAUGUCCGGCGGGCAGUGAGGAUUUCCGCCAUGUCCAGUGCAGCAGUUUCAAUGAAGUUCCAUUCCGUGGCAAGCUCUACAAGUGGGUGCCAUACUCAGGAAAUGACGAACUCUCCAAAGUUUGCUCCCUUGUCUGCAUGGCCGACGGCCAAAACUUCUACACGGAGAGGUCGCCCAAGGUGAAGGACGGCACCAAAUGUUACUCCGACCUGCCCCACGUCUGCAUCAACGGCGAAUGUAACUUUGUUGGUUGUGAUGGGUACUUGGGAUCUCAAGUCAAGGAAGACAACUGCAGGGUCUGUGGAGGAGACAACUCAGCAUGCAAGACAAUAUCUGGACUCUUUGAUAAACCUUUGCCCAGAGGAGACUACCAAGAAGUUGUCACUAUUCCUAAAGGUGCUAUGCAUAUAAAAGUGUCAGAAGCCAAAUUUUCCAGAAACUAUUUAGCUCUGAAGGAUACAAAAGGAAACAGUAAAGAGAAUUACUUCAUCAACGGUGACUGGACCAUUGACUGGCCACGCAGGUUCCGUGUGGCCGGCACAGUCUUCACCUACAGGCUGGCCGAACAUGAGCCGGAGUCUCUGAGAGCCAACGGGCCAACCUCUGAAGACUUGGUCAUUAUGAUCCUGAUGCAGGAAGACAAUCGAGGGAUCUUGUACCAGUAUACUCUGCCAAUCAACAAGACGGACAAGUCACAGCCAGACAUCUCUCUCUUUACCUGGGCCCACUCGCCGUGGACACCUUGCUCCAAGUCCUGCUCCACAGGAACCAGUACCUCUAAAGCGAGAUGUGUCAACAAAUCCGACGGUCGGACAGCCGAGAACAGCUACUGUGACAGACAGCCUCGUCCGUCUGACCACACCAGAAAAUGUAAUGAACAGCCCUGCCCGCCCAAAUGGUCCUGGGGUCCAUGGUCUGAGUGCAGCCAGUCGUGCGGUGAAGGUCAUAGGUCACGUCAGGUCGUGUGUCUGCAGCUGGUGGGGGACAACGAUCAGAUCGUGCUGGACGACACGGAGUGUACCGAGACCAAGCCGCCCUCGGAGAGUGAGUGUCAUAUGGCGGAGUGUCCGCCAGAGUGGCACACUUUUGAGUGGACAGAGUGUGUGCCCUCCUGUGGGCCCGGGGAGAAGACACGCCGUGUGUUCUGUAUGCCCAGCGAUGCCUCCACGUACUUAGAGGACAGGAGGUGUAAGAUUGAGGACAAACCCCCACAAAAAAUGGCAUGCUCCAAUAGGGAUUGUCCCCCUCCACAGUGGAGGAAAGGGGAAUGGAGUCAGUGUUCAGUAACCUGCGGUGAGGGCACCCAGGUGAGGCUAGUCCAGUGCCAAUCCUUCACCUCUGAGACCUGUGACCCCAAGAUAGAACCCAAGGCCAGUCAGAAGUGCAACAGCUCGUGCGACAAAAAAGCUGAGUCGCUAACAGCUCAGGCAGUGGUCUGUGUGGACAAGUUUCGUGUGGCCUACUGUCCCCUUGUAUUAAAGUUCGGCUACUGUAAACGCACCUACUUCCAAACGAUGUGCUGUGAGACGUGCUCCAAGGGAGAGAACACUAUGACCUCAAGACGCAGACGACACCAACGAUGAAACUAUCAGUAUUAGUUACAUUUAUUCGUAGACAUUGUUCAAAUAUUGAAUAUCAAGAUUACGUUUUCGUAAUCCAAUGGGUACAUUUAUUUGCUGUAAAGUAACAUUAGCAUAAUUAGAUUUAAAUAUUUUUUUUUACAUUGAUCAUAGUCACCGAACUAGAUUUGAUUAAUUACCACAAGGUCAUGCAUUUUUAUUUUAUUUUGUGCUGAGCAUGAAUCUUGAGGUUGUUUAGUUUUUUACAAAAAUAUGCCCCAUAUUCAUGUUAUUUAUUGAAAUGGCAAACAGAUAUCGAAAUAGAAAAAAAAAUUGAUUAAUUUUGUGUUUGAAGCUUUUUAAAAUCUUAUUUGUUUGAUUGAAAUUUUUAAUCAAUAUUGCUAGACAGCAAAGAUAUAUUAAAGAUUCGUAAUUAAAUUAAUUUAAAAAUUAACCUUAAUAUCUCCAGUACUGGAUAAUACAUUCCAACAUCCUAAUUAGACUUGCGUAUGAAAUAUGUCGAAUGGAAAUUAAAUCACAACACCUAAAUUUAGAUGCUUAAAAACACAUUAUCUAUUUCAGUUUAAAUAAUUUUUUCUUAACAAGAUUCUGGGAUUUUCUUUCUUUCACUAAUAGUAUUUGAUUUAAAUUCUAGUCUUUCGUUUAGGAAUACGAUAUUAAAAUGAAAUUAACAAUUAGUCUAAUUGAUAUAUAGUAAAGACAUUAUUCAUAAAAAUAAAAAUAAACACUUGUUGCUGAUAUUAUUUUUUUUUAAAUGUAAGAAACCUACUUUGUUGAUUUCAAAAUAAAUAGAUGUACAUAUUAAUAUUUUAGACCGUCUUUCUUUUGCUUGCUAGAUCUAGUAUUUAUCUCAAAAUGUACUGUUAGUUAUUGUGGAAAUAAAACUAUGUAGAUUUAUUAGUAAACAAAAUAAUUAAAACCAUUUUCUUUCCAGCUAGUAAAUAAAGUAAAGGAAUAAAUUAUAUCAGCGCAUCUUUUACAGACAUCGUGUAUAAAUAACAUAAUGGACAAUGCAAACAAUUAUUAAAAUAAUCUAUUAAAGGUUGGAAUAUAACUAGUCAUAAAGACAUGCUGGCUAAAUUACGAUUGAAUAAAUGAAGUGAUUCUUGCAGUGGUUCCCGUGAAAGUUGGUUAAUAUUCAAAUCAAUUUCACUUAGAUGAUAUUAUUAGCUUUUAUGCAUCACUUAAAUUUAGAAAAUUUAAUUUCAUUGGGGAAUUUAGUUAAAUGAGCGUAAUUGUUUACUGUAACAAUUUAAUUUUUAGCAAUAUAAUUAAUAAAGUUGCUUAUGUUA